CAGUUGAUUGUGCAUUGAUGUUUUGCACCUUGCACCCGUGACGCCGAUCGAUGGGACUAUGAGGAGGAACCCUGUUGAUGGUCGGGAUUAGAGAGCUAGUUGGGUUUGUGUGAAGUGGAGGACAGCACUCAUGGAUUAUCUGGAUUAUCUGGACGCGUCUCCUGGACAGCGCAGGAACUUCAAGAAGAACGACUUUGAGACAGACUGGACUAAAUUGGCGGAAGGCAAAUUUGGCCAAGUGUACCAAGUCAAGAUGAAGCUGUGGCGGGAAACGUGUGCCCUGAAAGUCUUUGACACAACCGUGGGUAACGACAACCUUUACAGGAACCUAAUGGAGGUGGCGUCCAACAUAGCCAAAGUGAAAUUCAAGUACUUAGUGUCUGUAUAUGGACUGUGCGAUGACGUGCCUGCCAUUGUAAUGGAGUUCAUGAGUAAUGGAUCGCUGAGCAAUCUCCUAAAUAGUCACAGUCUGAUGUGGCCCAAAAAGUUCCAGAUGAUUCAUGAGGCCUCCAUGGGCAUGAAUUUUCUCCACAGCCUGCGACCCCCGCUCCUCCAUCUUAACCUGAAGCCAUCCAACAUCCUACUGGAUGACCAUCUUCAUGUCAAGAUUUCAGACUUUGGUCUGAUCCACUGGGAAGAGGGGAUAAAGAAGAAGUUGUUCAUGGAGCAUCUGACAGCAAGAGGGAACAUAAACUACAUUCCUCCUGAGAUCUUCUCUCAGUACUGUGAUCCUCCUGGACUUUCCUUCGAUGUUUAUAGUUUUGGAAUUGUAAUCUGGGAGAUUCUGACUCAACGGAAACCUUACACAGGGUGCAGCAUGACCACCGUGCUCUUAAAUGUGUCACAUGGCAGGAGACCCUGCGUGGCGCUCAUCAAUGAGCAGAGGCCACGUGAGUGCGAUCAGAUGAUCAGCAUCAUGAAGCAGUGCUGGGAUCAGGAGCAAAAUAAGAGGCCACCCUUCUCAGAAACUGUGAGGAAAACGGAGGCCCUAAGUGAAGUCUUGAAGAUCCCAGGACCAAUCGAUUGUCACAACAGCAGCGCAAACCAAUACAGUUUGGAAUCUCGAAGUCCAUUUUUUCCCACCUAUGAAAUUUCUUCUCCUCAGUUGCCUAACCUUCCUGCAGACGAACAAUGCAGCAAGGACAGCGUGCUCUCUCUCCUCCUGAAGAAGGACUUCGGUAGUUUCCGAUCGUCGGUGAAACGGGAGCACAUCAGCACACAGUUUAACGGUAAAAAGAGUCUCCUGCACUACACGGUGGCCAGCGGGGAUGCAAAGAGCGUGGAACACGUCCUGACUCUGGGCGCUGAAGUCAACUGUGUGAUGGCUAAAGGGUACACGCCAUUGAUUGUGGCUGUCCUCAACAGGCUUCACAAUAUCAUGGUUUUGCUGCUGGAGCAUGGCGCUAAUCCCACGCAGGGAGACGAGGACCACUGGACGGCCAUUCAUUUUGCGGCGCAGAACGGUGAUGACAGGGCCGUACGACUCCUGUUGGACAACGGAGCCCUCGCGGAUCCCCGUGAAAAGUUGGGCUGGAUGCCCCUGCACCUGGCCUGCCAGAACGGCCACGAAACGGUCGUCCGCCUGCUGCUAACUCGGCUGUCCAUCAAGGUGAUAGGGGAGGGGGAGGAGGUGCAGAAGAGGACGCCGCUUCACCUGGCUGCUGUUUACGGACACACCGAUAUUACCAAAUUGCUCCUCUCUCAGGGAGCCGAUCUCAACGCUACUGACGGCUCCCUGUCCACUCCUCUUCACUUGUCAGCCGAGGCAGGGCAUAACAGAAUUGUACGACAGUUGGUGAAGAGCGGGGCUGUGGUCGAUGGUGCAGACAAAAGAGGACACACUCCGCUUCACCUCGCGGCUCUUAAUGGCCACAAAGGCAUAUGCAGGCAGCUGCUGUCGAAUGGGGCCAACCCGGACGCGAGGACCCACCAGGGCUGGACUGCCAUGCACUUGGCUGCCAUAAAGCGACACAAAACCACCAUGGAGGAACUAAAAAGUCUGGGUGCUAGCGUCAAUGCUCCUGGAGAGAGCAAUUGGACUCCGCUGCAUCUUGCCUGCCACCAGAGCGAGGCCGAAAUGGUGGCCAAGCUCCUGGCCGCCCAAGCCAACCCGAACGUGAUCGAGGACAGCGAACGGUGGACGCCGUUACACGUCGCCUGUGCCAGCCUCAGCUUCCCAAGUGUCCUGCACUUGAUUUCUCAUCACGCAGAUGUGAACGCUGCGAGCGCAGAAAAAGCGACACCUUUACACCUUGCUGCCCAGCAUGGCAACAUACCCAUUGUUAAGGCACUACUGCUCAAUGGUGCAGACAGAACUCUGCAAGACUCUUCUGGAUCGACACCUGUUGACGUGGCAAAGAGACAGGGAAAAUGUGAAAUAGUCCAAUUACUCGAGAAAUGAUAUCCAUUUUUAUUUCAUUUUUUUUUUUUUUCCUGUUCUGUUC